AGGUCUCCUGAUUUCACAUUCUGCUUCCACGGGACACGCGUAGUGCUUGAAGAAAAUCUUUAAAAGGAGACCGCAGGAAUUAAUCUCGUAAAGAACAUGAGACUUGAUCUUAUGGAGCAAGAUGUAGAUUUCUCUGAACCAUCACCAUCAAGCUGACGUGAGCAAGAAAAACAAAUCAACCAUCAUUCUAAAUGGACGUCACUCCUGUUGUCACGUCUGAGGCGUUUUCCACGAUCGCAUCCAUGGACCUUCUGAGAGUGUCCUCAAGCCUCGGAUCCCCUACAGGGGGUUUGAGCAAUUUGCAGACGAUGCCGGCUCCCCACACGUGCUCGUCCGACGUGAAGAUGGAAGUCAUGGAGAGCGAAUCGUCGCCGACAGCCCUCGACGCUCAUCCUACUGUUAUAUCUCGUGUCCCGGACAGUCCAUGCUGGCAGUCAUCCAAUGAUAGCAGCGAUGCGCUCUCCUCGUCUGGUAGAGUGCAGUUAACAGGUGAAAAGAGGAGCGAUGAUAAAUGCUGGGUGUGCGGAGAGAAAUCAAAUACUUUUCAUUACGGUAUAUUGUCUUGCGAAGGAUGCAAGAGCUUCUUCGCUAGGGCCAGCUCUAACCAUAUAAGCUACAACUGCCCAACCAAACAGUGUGUGAUUAAUAAGGAAACUCGGAAUCGAUGUAUGUACUGCCGAUGGAAGAAGUGUGUUGCCGUAGGCAUGUCAAAAACCGCUUCCAAACUUGGCCGCCGUUCCAAGCAGCUCAAGGCUCAGAUCGCAAAGCACGUGCCCAACAAAACGGCUCCAAUAUCAACAUCAUCAGACUCUGGUCUCGACAGCCCGAUCUGCAGUCCAAACGAUGGCUCUUCCCAUCCAAACACACCCAAGCAGCUCUCCUCCCCUACCCUGUCUGGCUAUGGGGAGUUCUCCCCUCUCAGGGAAGCAAGCUCUAAGUCUUCACGGCACAGCAUGGAGCUGAAUAGCCCUACUGGAAGUGUCUUUGUGCCAACGGAUACCUCAUCUACUCAAGAAGACUGUGAGCCACACUCUAGGAAGCACAAGCAUGCUGAUGACGAUAUCCAAUCCAUGCCCAUAAAAUCACCAUUGUCACACCAGUCGCUCCAGUGGCCGGAUGUGUCGUCAGUUCCGCUUCCAUCUCCGACCAGCGCCUGGUUCAAUGUCGUUGAGGACUCUCAGCUGGAAAAGUUUGCUGCUGAUAUCCAUCGCAUACGACUUGAGAGUUUCAUCUUUGAGUGCGCCCACAACCCCAAGCAGAAGGUGCCCCCAGCCAUAGACAUGGACUCCGUCCGUCAGGGCUGCCACAUGGUGGUGAAAGUACCCACGCCGUCACUAAUGGAAUCAAUGCUCGGUUGCAUGACAGACAUCAUCAGGAGAGUUGUUUCCUUCUGCAAACGAAUUCCUGGUUUUGCCGAGCUUCCCAUCCAUGACCGAACGUCGCUUAUCAAGAACAACAUGUUUGAGAUGGUGUUGGUCCACUCUUCGCAUCUGGUGGAACGGAACGAGCUGUUUGUGGUCAUGGGGGAUCCACAUCUCAUCCUUCCCAUGGAGUUACUGAAGAUGAUUCCCUUCAGUGGCACCAUUGUACCCCUCUUCAGACUCAACGACAGGAUACAAAGUCUAGGCUUGUCAUCCCGGGAAACCAGUUUGCUUUGUGCCAUGGUCAUGCUCGCGCCAGACGGAGAGGAUAUCGAACAUCGCGACACGAUCUCGGUUCUUCAGAACCGGGUUGCUCAAGCUCUUCGUAGAGAGAUCCGAUCUUCGUUACGAGUCGACCCCGAUGACACGUUCAUGCAGCUCUUCAUCGUGUUGCCAAUGCUCCGCGAAAUGAAUGUUUCCCAUCGCAACCUUGUCUCCAACUUCAAGAUGAAGAUGCCGGGGAUGUUCAGCGAUCUUCAUCAGGAGGUCUUCGAGUAGGUUCUUCUAUAACUCACCGAAUGACCGCGAAAACCUUUGAGGAGAUCAUCAAUGAUGUGUUUAAGUAGUAGAGUGCAUGAUGACCUACCGAUUACAAAUCCCAAUAAAACAUCAGAGUUACAAUUAAGGAUAACUUUUGGAUGUAAUCAAAUACACUUCGGAUUUGGGUGUUGUUGUUUUUUUAAUUACUAUUCAUUGCCUUCUAACACGAAGAUUCACAAAUCAUAUUGCAAAUAUCACAUAACGAUUUCUACCAUUUUGUUGAUCGCACGCAUUGAAAUGAUAUGGGCAGGAAUUGGCCAUGACCAAGUUGUUCUGACAAGUUCCUCCAUUGUAACUCAAUUUUCUAGCGUUGCCCAACGCGUGGAGCGUCGGAAUUCGUGUUUCACAAAAUAUGGGAAAUCGAAACGCUUUCGAGUUUCCUCCUUUAUUGUACUAAAUUCCAGAUGCGGAACGGAUCAACUCAUACAAGUAGGAUAUGAUGUGAAUCAAGGACCUAAAUCCCUAGUUGAGUUAUCCUUAAAUUGGAAAUUGGUGGCCUAGACUAUUUUUUUAUGACUCCAGCAGUGGAAACCAAGCAACCAAGCACUGAAAGGAAUCCAAAUUUAGUUGUAUACGUUUUUUUUUAAAUAAGGUAAUGUCUAUUUAGUUGAUAAAUAAUGGGAUAUAAUGUAUAUAUGUUUUAUCACUUACCACUGCUCAGUAGAGGACUCGUACAAAGAAUACGAUGAAUGCAUCCCGGAUGGUAUCGGGCUGUUUCACAUAGUGAUAUGUCAUGCUUAAAUCACACGAACAAAACUGACUCCAAACAGAUUUGAGGAAUAAGCAAGAGACGUGUUCGGUCUGGAGUCGGUUUUGCUGAAGUGCUUUUAGCAUCAGGUAUGCACUCUUAUUCUUGUGGGGUUUUUAAUUGUUGUUUUUUCUCUUAGAUUUAAAAAUACUUUGCGAGAGUACAUGUAGAGUGACAUAACACCAGUAGACAUCGGUUGUGGUUAAUUUUUCAUCAAUAAUUUUAUUUUGGGGAUUUUUGUGGGUUUGCGUUACAUGCUGUAUUGAAAUCAUACAUAGGUUAUAAAUGUGUAGGAAAUAUGCCUCCCACUCCCACAUCUCUCUGAAUUCCAUUUAAUUAUGAAAUCAUACAACUCUGUAUGGAAUAGUUUCCAAAGUUUCAAGGUACAAACAUUUUUUUUUCUUAUUACUCAUGUCAUAUAUAUUCCAAGAAACAGUGACUAAUGUUAGGGCUUCUAUUUUGGGAUUUAUUGUAAGGUUUAUUUUACCCCAGGACUGUGAAAAUUGCUUCUGUCUUGAAUUCUUUAAAAACCAUAUGGUCGGAUCGGAAAUUCGUUAAGGACUACGUGUCUUAUUUGGUUUCUAACUCUUACCCAGGCCUGGUGAAGGAGUAAUCCCCCUCCACAUAUGAUCGCACGAGCGCCGCGAAUAUUAAUUUACUCAGUGGUAGUGUGUGCGAUGUAAUUGGUAAAGUUGUAUGGGUAUUCUUUCCGAAAUAAUAACAUUUUAAUAUAUUAAUAUUAUGAAUGUAUUGAAUUUAUCAAUUUAUGAAUUUAUUAUGCUAAUUUAUGCAUAAAUCAUACUUUUGACUCUUAUUUUCGAAAAGAGACUCUUGGAGUUCUGAUUUUUUAUGUAAAAAAAAUCUUUAUAGCAUUCCUAGCAAUUGUGUUUAAAAAAAUCGGUUCAAAAAUCAAUUUCUUAUGUUUUUCAUUUUUAAUGAAUUUGUUAUGUAUUUCUUUGUUUUUCAACCUUUUGUUCUUUUUUGCUGAAUUUAUUGCAGAACCCUUUUAAAGCAGGAUUAUGACAAAUUCAGUUAAUUUCAGCUGAUGAAAGUAAAAAUAAUAAGCCUAAUUCUUUAUGAAUAAGGUGCGAAAACUCCAUUCGCAUUGACUUUUUAAACAAAAUUAUAUUUUGGAGCAAUUUGGAUCUGACUUGGGGCCUUUUCACACGUGAAGCUUGAAUCAUCAUUGUAAUGACGAUUGCUAAUGUUAUCGUGACUGUGAUUAACGUUCGUGAUUCUAAUCAUGAUCUAUAGUUUGUUUUCACACGUGCUAAAAAAAUCGUAAUGUGAAUGAUAUUCGUCAUUAGCCGAAUUUUUCACUGGAAUCAUCAUUCAAAUUACGAUUUUUUUUUUACCGUUUGAAAGGGCGGAUGCACAAAAUGUUGCUUAAUUUCGGAACCCGUACCCAUCCGUCGCAAAUUUUGUCUCAUAAGAUGCACAAGACUUGAAGAUAAAAAGUCAGUAACGCGAAGAUUCAAUGGAUGGAUUUAUUGAGAUAAAGACGGCCCAUUAAUAUUGAUCCGUUCAUCUCUGAUGUCUACCCGCCCUUUCACACGGUAAGAAAAUCGUGAUUUGAAUGAUGAUUCCAGUGGAAAAUAAGGCUAAUGACGAUUUUUUUUUUGCACGUGUGAAACCAAACUAGAAUCACGAAUUCUAAUCACAAUCACGAAUUCAAAUUCUACUCUGGAGGUGAAUUCCAGUUAAGUUUCAUUCAAAUGACGGUACGAAUUUUCCAUGUGAGAGG